AUGUGGCACUAUAGAUGCUACGACACUAAGGAAGAGAGACGAGAACCAUGUGGCACUAUAGAUGCCACCACACUAAGGAAGGAAGGGAGACGAGAACCAUGUGGCACUAUAGAUGCUACGAAACUAAGGAAGGAAGGGAGACAAGAACCAUGUGGCACUAUAGAUGCUACCACACUAAGGAAGGAAGGGAGACGAGAACCAUAUGGCACCAUAGAUGCUACGACACUAAGGAAGGAAGGGAGACGAGAACCAUGUGGCACUAUAGAUGCCACGACACUAAGGAAGGAAGGGAGACGAGAACCAUGUGGCACUAUAGAUGCCACGACACUAAGGAAUGAAGGGAGACGAGAACCAUGUGGCACUAUAGAUGCCACGACACUAAGGAAGGAAGAGAGACGAGAACCAUGUGGCACUAUAGAUGCCACCACACUAAGGAAGGAAGAGAGAUGA